UCUCUCUAUCAGAUCUGGAACCCCGGUUCUUUUGGAGCUGGGAUGGCUUUGAGGACUACCUCAUCUUCCUGUUGGCCUUCACGCUGCCCUGUGCCUUCACCACCCUUCUCCUCCUGGACUCCUCUCUGUUUGUGGAGUCCCUGGGCUUCCUGGCCGUGCUGACGGAGGCCAUGCUGGGGCUACCACAGCUGCUCCAGAACCGACGCAACCACUCCACCACCGGCAUGAGUGUGAACAUGGUCCUACUGUGGAUGGCCGGGGACAGCUUCAAGACGGCCUACUUUGCCCUGAAGGAGAGCCCCCUCCAGUUCCUGUUGUGUGGGCUGACUCAGGUACUGAUGGAUCUGGCUAUCCUCUAUCAAGUGUGUCUCUACAGCCAAGACCCCUGGGACAAACUGGCUUAACUAACCCUAACCCUAGCUAUCUCCAACCCUAGCUAUCUCUAACCCUAGCUAACUCUAACCCUAGCUAAC